GAUUUCCGGCAAUAACACAACUUCGCAAAUCAGCUGAUGGCAAACCACGGUAUAAUAUUUUUAUGAAGUUGAGGUAUCUGGAGCAGCUUAACAAUAGGGAUGGGAUACUUUUGUUGACCACCAUUGGUGCACACAAUCAGCAUGGCGUCCCAGAGCUCCGACAGCAAUGACAAUCUGGACUAUCCAGAAGUGGCAAUUGACCCAGUGUACGCCACAGUCACUAGUAAUGUGUCGUGGUUCAGCACAGACUCACAGGAUCCCAGCUGGAUUGAAGAUCUUGGAUUCAGCGGAGGGGUCAUCCAGUUUGUGUAUGAUGAGGCUAGUGGUCAAAAGGCCAAUGCAGGUCUGUAUGUUAGCGUCCCUGAAGCUGCUGACGCUGAUGAUGUAGCAACAUACAUGGCCAAAGUAUGGAAGAAGAGAACGCCAAAUAUUAUCCUUUCACUCAUUACCAGCAAUAGGCACUACAAACAUUGGAAAGACCAGGAUUUGGUCCACGACUUCCAGACGGGCAUCAUCCAGGCUGCCAACACUACAGAGAUGUGGAUACUUACCAACGGCUUUGAUGGUGGGAUCACAAAAAUAUUGGGAGACGCUUUCAAGGAAGAGAACCAGCGACGAAAAAUUCAGAGCCUGACCAAAGUGUCAAUGAAGUUUGUAGAUAAUCAAAAGCAAGAGAACCUGCCCAAGUUGACUGUGAUAGGUGUAGUGCCAAAGUGUCUGCUGUCUUAUAACUCAAAGAUUGAUUCUGCAGCAGGGCCAGUGAACAUCCAGAACAAGGGCGAGAAGCCCCUGUCAGACAAACAGGAGCUCAACUCUGACCACACUCACUACAUCAUGCUGGAGGGCGUCACUGACCUCCGUGAGCUGGAGAACUUCAGAAUUAGGUUGGAGGAGCGAUUCCUCACACCAGUAGGCCGGCCAAAACGAUACAGAAAAAUUACCAAUCUCAGCGACUCGGUACUGAACGUUGGCGAGUCUGUACCAGAUGACCUCCAGAUCAUCAGCAGUACUUGUACCCCUAUGGUCGGCCUGCUGGUCCAGGGCGGGCCCCUAGAAAUGGACCACGUGGCUGAACUACUCAAGAGAAAUGUACCUGUCGUGGUCAUGAAGGGCACAGGACUCGCAGCCGACCUCAUUUCCUUUGCUUACCUUGAACUUCAGGAAAGACCCCAUCCGGAACACAUCGAGUCCUACAUCAAACCAGAACUCAUCAAAAAGCUGAUGAAGUACUUCCCGGAGGAAUUCAAAGAGGACGAAAUUGCUCGGAACCGUUGUCGUGAUAAAAUACUUGAGUGUGCCCAAUACGCUCACCAGGGAGAACAAGAGUUUCUGACCAUCCUACCUACAGAUGGGGCUUCCUCGGAUCUCAAGAAUCUUGACAAGUACCUACUGCUGGCUUUGUUUAAGUCCCAGGCACUGAAGCGGGGGAGAAAGUUUCAGGAGCAGUUCCAGUGUGACCUUAAGUUGACCUUGGACUGGAAUAGAUGUGACCUUGCUGUAUCCCAAAUCUUCCAAAAAUAUGACUGGGCAAGGAUCAAGAUAACCCAUGAGCUGUUUGACCGUGCCUUGUUGAAGAAGGGUCGGGAAGAAUUUGUUGACCUCUUUCUUCAAAGGGAUGCCAUUCAAGUCCACAAAUACCUCAACCAUCGCAAGCUACUGUUCUUGUUCAACAAUCUGGAGAAUGAGGAAUUUUUCCUCACUGUCUGCCUGGACGGAGUGUUGGCCAAAGCCUCGUACUCUUCUUAUCCCCUGGACAAGGACUUUAUCAUCGGUGACGAUUGUGAUUUCAACCAGCUGCUGUACCGAGUGACCUUCCUACAGCGACUAGUGUCAUCGUACGAACUCUCAAUGAACUCUGUGGGGUCAUACGUCACAGAUCAGGAGGUGGCAGAAAGGAGGGCAAUUAACACGCUGGUGUUCUGGGCCGCAAUAACCUUCAAUCCAGAACUGACAAAGGUCCUGUGGAAGAGGACAGAAGACCCUAUGGUGAUGGCACUCAUUGUCAGUAUGAUCUGGAACAGCCUCUCCAAGAAUUGGUGCCGUGACCUGGAUACCAAGCGCAAAGUGCGAGAGUCUGCGAUUGACUUUGGUAAGAUGGCAGUCAAACUUCUGGACCUUGCUUAUAAGGAUUCUAGUGUUGUUGCAAUCAACGCCCUCGGCAAAAAGCUUCCCGACUUCAACGACAAGACAGUGAUAGAAAUCGCCCACAUUGCCAGGAAUAAAUUCUUCAUCGCUCACACGAUCUGUCAAAAGUGGUUGGAUAAACGCUGGAAUGGCAAACUUCAGAUCAGAGAACUUGAGAUCGGACCAUUCAAGGUUGCCGACUGGCUGGUGCUGUACCUCAGUGUGUUCCUUGUGUUCCCUAUGUUUCUGUGGAUAACAUACGACGUCAAGAAUGAUUCCAAGGAUGAGUCAAAUCUAGACGACUCGGAUGACGAGAUCCCACUAGAUGAGGGUAUUAUGUUACAGCCAUCCGCUUUACAGGGCGAAAAAUGGAAGCAGAAGCGUCACAGUGUAAAGUACCAGAUGAGGAAGAUGUUUGACUAUGGUCGACAAAACCUCAAAGUCCCGGUAUACAUGCAGUUCUAUUACCUGUAUAGUGCACCCAUAACGAAGUUCUGGGUCAGUCAGCUGUUCUAUAUACUGUAUCUGACAAUCUUCAGUUUGGCUGUUAUGUUUCCCUCCUGUGGGAACCUUCACAUGGAUUUCAUUGUGUUUGGCUGGACACUGUUGAUUUGGGUUGAGUUGGUCCGUGGUGUCCUAGCCAAGAAAAAGAAAUACCUGGAGAUGAACCUGUUCUGGACCAAGAUGGAGAUCGGCCUGAUCGGAAUCUUUCUGAUCCUUUUCUGUCUGGUGAGGAUUGUGCCGCACUUCGUGAGCUUCAUUGACUACAUGACGACAAAGUUUGUGAUGAGUCUCGGCCUACUCUACUUCUACUACAGGACCUUACAGGUGUUCCUUCCCAUCAGUCCGGUCCUUGGUCCGAUGCUCAUCAACAUCCGCAGAAUGAUAAAGAAAGACUUCGUGACGUGGAUGAGGAUGUUCCUGAUCAUCAUGGUGUCCGGCGGUGUAACAAUCCAUGCUGUACUCUACCCGAACUACCCAUUCACGCUGCAUGGGAUCAAGAAGGCACUAACAAGGGCUUUCUUUACAAUGUUUCUCACCCAAAUUGAUGACCUUGAAGGAAACGACUCGUGUUCAGACCAGUACAAAAACACCUCCCUGACUCACUGUAGAGCCAUUUCUCCUGAUAUUUUCUCUAAAAACGCAAGUAGUACAACACGGGAUGAUGUGACAUCACUGGACACCUGUCCGUAUAGCAGCAUGGGUGGUUACCUGGUCGUCAUGCAGUACCUCGUCAUCACUAAGCUGGUCAUGAUUACGCUUCUGUACGCUCUGUUCAGUGCGACCACAGCAAAAGUGAGGGGCGAGUCCGAGGAGAUUUGGAAGUUUCAGAAAUACAGCCUGAUUGUGGACUUUGAGGAGCGGCUUCGCCUUCCCCCUCCCCUCAGUUUCAUUAGCUACCUAUGUAUGAUGGCUGUAGGCUUUUACCACUGUUUUCAUCGCUGCUGCUCACUCUGUUGUCGUAGGCCGCACGGCUGUUGUCGAUGUACUUGUAAAAAGAAGAAAGGACGCACAGAAAAGGACUGUUCUAAGUUGAGGGUGCUGAAGGUGAGGAGGACGGAGGAUUAUAACUACUGGAGGAGUAGUAUAAAGGACCUGAUGGAUAUGGAGGAACAGGAGAAAGCUGACCGGGAACGACCGAAAACCCAGAGCAAAAACAUUGGCGUAGUGAUGGUACAGAUGGAGAAGCAGAAACACUUUAAUGGGAAGUUGACGGAGCAGAUGGCCCGUCUGGAGCGGAGUGUAACCACCUGUAAUCUAGCCCUGGAACAGAUCAAACAUCUUUUAGACAAACAACAAGGGCAGAAAAAUUUGAAUGUCGCAAUGAAGAGGUCUUUGGUUCACGUGUCAAGUCGCCAAUCUCCGUACCCAGGCACAAUAACACAACGCUUUCCAGUCUUCGACAAACAUGUGUCAUGGGAGGUGCCGUAUCUAGGAUACGACCCUGUGGUAUACACCGGUCCUCUAGAGGAAUUUGUGGAGGCCAUUCAACCCCUUGUGGACCCUGACUUCUUACAGAUCAGCCGGACAGUAGAGGAGAAAUUACUGAGUCGUGAGGACAUCCGCACCCAGCACCAGCCCAGUGCCCUGUACUGUCCAAUGUGGAAUGUGUCCGCUACACUGAAGAUCAACAAUGCCUUAGUGGAAAUAAACAGGGCCUCCUGGAUAACUCAGAAUAGCACGGCGUGUCGCUACAGCAUCGACAAGACCAACCUACCUCUAAACCCCAUGGGCAGGACUGGUAUCAGGGGACGGGGCAAGCUGUGGCGCUGGGGACCUAAUCACAGCGUGCUGGUGGUGCUCUCACGUUGGAAGGAGAAGUACAAACUUAACGGUACAGUAGCACCUGAACGUGACUACAUCAUCAUAGAGGGCAAACGUGUGCUAGAGAUGAUUGUCAUACAGAGGCUUGACACAGGUGAAUUCACGCUUCCAGGGGGGAACGACUACGGUAAUAUGUCCAUGUACAGCGCACUGUGUAAAAGGUUUCAGCAAUUUGUUCUAGACCAGGAAACAACAGCUAAAGAAAACAUGACGGAGCAAGACAUGAUCAAUUUUUUCUCCAAGUUCUCUGUGCCGGGGUCUGGCCCCAACACAGGGAUGACGUCUGGGGUGAUAUAUAAAGGUUACAUUGACGAUCCCUCCAACACUGACAAUGCCUGGCGAGAGGCCGAGGUCUGGAACCUCCACUACAGAGGUGGCAGUAUACUGGACGAUAUAGUUAAGGAGAAAGAAAAGAAGUGGAAGGAGGCGUCCUCCUACACAAAGCUGUAUGGCAACCAAGACAUGAUCGUGAAGGAGGCUGCUCUCCUACAUGGAGCUUACUACUAGUCUUAUGUACACACCUCUUUUGAUUGCCGCCAGGGUGACUCAGCUUUGGCCAAAACUCCCAAAAGACAUUCCUGUACACUAAACCUGACGAAGAAGAACCAUAUCUAGUCAUUGUGUCGUCUACUGGUUGUCGUUGUUGCUUCUUGUCUCGGUGUUUGGCGAUUCUUUAAAGCAAUAUGGUGCAGCUGCAAACUUAAGGGUGUAUACUGAUUGAUUGAUUGAUUGAUUGAUUGAUUGAUUGAUUGAUUGAUUGGUUGAUUGAUUGAUUGAUUGAUUGAUUGAUUGAUUGAUUGGUUUUACGUUCGCUUCACUUCCAAGUAGUUCAGUUAUCCAGCAGACGAAGAAAAGACGGGGAAAUGAUUAGAAGGGAUAAAGUAUGGAAGGAAGGAAUAGAAAAGGGAGACAGGAUGUAUACUAUCUAACUAUGACAUUUAUACUAACCUCCUUUCUAAAGAGUUCUACUACUUUAACUUAAUUCAUUAAUAUCACAUAUGAUAGUUAUAUAAGAAGGUGGAUUAUUACAUAGUGCUAAUUGGAAUAAAGGAGAUAAGUCUUGCACUUAUCACCUUAAUCUAUUAAAAGUAACAUAUACCGUUAAGGGAGAUAAGUCUAAUAAGUUUCUGUAAAAGGAAGCAUAUAUUAAAAAGAUAGAUACUUUCAUGUGUCUGUGCAGCACAUAUCCGAAUCAGAGAUAAUUCGAGCCAUAACUUUGCUAGUCUGAGUAAGGUAGCACAAAUGUACUAAUGGGUGAUAACAAGCACUAAUUUCAUGAAUCUGUAAAUGCAAAGGGAGAUAACCACAUGUAUCUAUGUGAGCUAGCAUUAUAUCCUGAAGGAAGAUAACUCUAAACACUAAUUGAAUGCAUCUGUGCUGGAUGGCGUAUAUAUUAUCAUAAGUGUUCUGACCUGUCAUCCUUGGUAACGCAUAGUUUAUUGAUGGUACACUAAUUCUGUAUCACGCAAAUCACUGCCUUGUCCCUGAGAACUCAAUCAGGUAAUUUUGAAGAAAAAAUGUACCCUUUUUUAUGUUAAAACAAAGAUAUAUAUUUGAGCUAAUAUUAAAUUAAAUUUUA